UUCAAAAACUCAUUAGCACAGAAAUCUUUCUCAAGAGAGAAGUUCCUGGUUGAAACCACCAAACAAAACGCCUCUGACCCACAAAUUUUCUUUCUCUCCAAUCACUAUCUGUCAACAGUUUCUUCUUCUUUUUCUUGCUCCAUUAUUGAACCCAUCUUCUUCUUCUUCCUCUUCUUGAUCACGAGACCAACUUUCCGUCCCUUCAUAAUGAGACUGUGCCCUGUUUUUCAUUUCCUUCCCGCUCCAGGUUUACAUAGAAUCAAACUUGCCAUUUAAGCCUGUGCUGUCAUAAGUAAGGAACAAAACAAUGGGAAUGGAAUUAAAUACAUACGUACAUAUUUAUCUCUCGUAUUUCCCCACCCAACCUCUUGUUUUCAACGUCCUCUCUCUGUUUCUAUAAACCUUUUAAUAGAAACCCCCCCAUUUUGUUCCCCAUAACCACUUUUUCUUCAUUCUUCUUCCGUUUACAAUGGCUUCUGUCAUGCCCUGUUCAGCUUCGUCUUCGAUCAGAACCACUCGGUUAUCUUCGCUGUUUUUGUCGGCAAAUAAGAUUUUACCCAGUUCUUCUGUUGGGCUUAAGUCGCGGUCGCUUGCUCCGACGCCCACAUGUUUGGCGUUCUCACCGUUGACAGAAAAGCCAAAUUCUCCGUUUCCGGUUGGUGAAUCAUUGAAGAUUUCCGGCUGGAAUCUACGGCUGAGGCACCGGCGUUCACUUGAUCAUCCGGUGGUUUCUUCGGCUGCUGCGGAUGCAGAUGGUCGUGAGAUUGAGAUUUCUGAUGGGUAUGCCAAGCCCUCGAAGAGCUUUGGAGAGAGAUUUCCUUUUCUCGUCACUGGAUUCUUCUUCUUCAUGUGGUACUUCUUGAAUGUAAUAUUCAAUAUACUCAACAAGAAGGUCUAUAAUUAUUUCCCAUAUCCAUAUUUUGUAUCAGUGGUGCAUCUUAUUGUUGGAGUAGCAUAUUGUCUUGUUUCCUGGGCUGUUGGUCUCCCGAAACGCGCUCCAAUUGACAAGGAGCUGUUGCUACUCUUGACGCCUGUUGCAUUCUGCCAUGCCCUUGGCCAUGUCAUGUCCAAUGUAUCAUUUGCAGCUGUUGCCGUGUCUUUCACCCACACCAUCAAAGCCCUGGAGCCAUUCUUCAAUGCAGCUGCUUCUCAGUUUGUUCUGGGCCACCAGAUUCCCUUGUCACUUUGGCUAUCAUUGGCCCCUGUUGUUAUUGUGCUGAAGCGAGUUUUUGUUAUUGGGUUCUCUAUUAUUGUGUUUGGCAACAAAAUCUCCACACAGACUGGGAUAGGCACUGCAAUAGCAAUUGCGGGUGUGGCCAUGUACUCUCUCAUAAAGGCAAACAUGGAGGAGCAGAAAAGAAAGGCUGCUCUAACUCCUGCUUCCUAGGGUUAAUUAGGGGCAAUAAGAUAGACGCUUUUCAUUUAUGGUUGUUUGACAUUGAUAUUUAAUGGCAUGGCAUCUUCAUAACCGGGAUGCUAUGGAACCCUAAGUGGAGGCUGUCAUGAUUCUUGGAAGCUUUGCCAGGUAGUGAAGAGAAUAAGAUCAGAUGUCAAUGGGCAUUUCUAUCCCAAAUUUUUCAGUUUGGAUCCUGAUCUUUUAAUGUAUUUUAUAACCUUCUUUUUAAUCAUUAAAGGUGGGGGUUUUUCACUCCAAAA